AUGAGUGAUCCAGAACCAUCCAGAAUAAAACAUGAAGAUACAACAGUCUGGAUGGAACAGCAAACACAUGAGGUGAAUGAAGUGGAGGAGGAACAUUGUAAAGUCAAAACUUCAAGAAAAAAAGACAAACCGCUUCACACCUGCUCUCAGUGUGGAAAGAGUUUCAGAGACAAAGAAAACCUUAAGACACACACGAGGAUCCACACUGGAGAGAAACCAUACACAUGCCCUCAGUGUGGAAAGAGUUUUACUGAUGCAUCAGGUCUCAGUUAUCAUCUGCGUAUUCACUCUGGAGUAAAGCCUUUUAACUGUGAUCAGUGUGGUAAAAAGUUUAUUUCAUCAUCAAGUCUAAAAUCACACCAGAAAGUUCAUUCAGAUGAGAAGCCUCAUGUGUGUUCUUACUGUGGAAAGAGUUUUUCACGGCUGGCCAGUUAUAAACUGCACCAGAAAACACAUAAUGAAGUGAGAGAACACAUGUGUUUUGAGUGUGGAAAGAGCUUUACUACAGCUGGUCAUCUGAAACAGCACCAAAUGAUUCACACUGGAGAGAAACCUUACACAUGCUCAUACUGUGACAAGAGUUUCAAUCGGUCUGAAUACUUGAAACUACAUGAGCGAGUUCACACUGGAGAGAAACCUUACAAGUGUUCAUAUUGUGACAAGAGUUUCACUGUGUCUGGAAGCCUGAAACUACAUGAGCGAGUUCACACUGGAGAGAAACCAUACCACUGUACUCAGUGUGGAAAGAGUUUCGCACAGUCAGUGAGUCUUGUGACUCAUAUUAAAAGGCAUUGUUUCUGUGUCCGAGUGAGCAAAUAUUUUUUACAGAAUCAGUAUUUCAAGUCAACAAUGUGA